UCUGCCCUCAGCCCUGGCCGAGUGCGGUUGCAGCGUGCAGCCCGCGGUCCUGCGUGGCUAAUAUGGGUACAUUACGAUAGUCAGCUGUUCGUAAUAGAUUCCAGUUCAUCUCUCAGAUCGCGCUGUGUCGUUAACUCCGCCGAUCAGAUGACAGACUCCGAGCGGAGCUGACGUGCAAAGUGGGUUCGAAAGCGUGUGUAUAACGCCAGUGUGUGACUGUGUCAUAUCUUGACGGGAGCCGCUCUUCGCAGCUGCGUUGCGUCACUACGUGCGUCUCAUAUGACUGUUAAGUGACACUUGGUGCCGCAUCCGGAUUAACUCCUCUGCCGAGUGUGUCGGUGAAGAAAAAGGCGCUCAGUGAGACGCGCGUGGACAGCCUGACCCGUGCACUUGGCGUGGGUGGACCGCACAGCGGGCUGUGGGAUCGGCGCUCGGAUUAAUGACCUCGAAUGCAGCAAUAACUCCUUAUAUUCGUCAUAAAGGACAGUUGUCGAACGACUUGAAUCAUUGGUGAAUUUCAAAAGACAAUUUCAUUACAGCUGUUAGUAUCAGCAUUUAUUGGUGUACAUAGGAAAUUUGAUAUAUAAGUUUAUGAGCACUUUGCAGUUCUUUACUGAGAAGAGCCAUAUUUUGAACUGUGCCGGAAAGGGGUUUUACUUCCGUGUCAACCCCUGGUGUCAAACAAUAAUAUUUCGCAGCAGAUGCACUAACAUACUAUCGCUGGGAAGUAAACAGACGUAGAUAAAUUGCCAAUAAUUUCCUCGGAGUUUCUUCUCGUCUGCUUUUUGCAAUGUUUACCUAGCGACCUGCACGAUGAGACGCUGUAAAACAUUUUGUCCGUGACACCAUUCCUUCGUGAGUCGAAGUGUUAAUAGAACAGUAUUCUACAUGCAUCUUACGUGAGUGUUAUGGAAAGUUUACUACUCAGUAGUGAAAGAGCUUUCGUUGCCGGUGGGUGUGUCUGCAGCCGUAGUCAAUGAACAGGCUUGGGAAAGUGUUAACAGUGCAUGUCGACGCUUCGCUUAUUCUGAUGGCAACAGACUCCGCACCACGGACUGUACCUUCGUAAGGCACCACGCCGUGCUUAAGAGGAUGUGAUCACUAUGGCAGACAUUGUUCAACGCCUGGACACGUUUCUGGGAGCCUUUCUACAUGACGGCGUCACUUCGCCCCGAGAGAAUGUCGAGAUACUCCUGAAAGCAUCACAACUUCUCAUGUCAGCUGUCUUGUCUGCUGUUAGAGAUCGUUGUGACUGUAGAUAAUAUGAGGUUACAUUACACGGGCCGCGGGCUGCGCGUGUCCAUGGCGGCGCCCGCGAUCGGCCGGCGGCGGACGGCGUCGUGCGUGCGCACCGCCGUCUUCCUGUUCCUCGUCACGUUCGUCUGGCUGCAGCUGCACGUCGCCAGCCUGGGCAGCGCCCGACACGCCGCGCCAGACGCCGCCGCCGCCGCCGCGGACGCCAACGACUCCACCGCCGCCAUCCUCAGCAUGGUGCCUCAGGUGCUGCACAAGUUCCUGACGCCCAAGCCGCGGCGCAACGCGACGGUGGCGGCGGGGGCGGCGGCGGCGGCGGCAGGCACUGCAGCGAACGGCAGCGCGGGGGCGGCGGCGGCAGGGCUGCCCGUCCCCAGGCCCAACAUCUCCGACAUCCGGCGCAGCAUCGAGCGCUACAACGAGAUGCAGACCAUCCACAACGAGGAGGUGUUCGGGCCUGUUCAGAAUGACACGCUCAUCAUAGUCGUGCAGGUGCACACAAGGAUUAUUUACCUGAGGCACCUAAUUGUCAGCCUUGCACAAGCAAGGGACAUAGAUACUGUACUGUUAAUCUUCAGUCAUGAUUACUAUGAUGAAGAGAUUAAUGAGCUUGUGCAGAGCAUAGACUUUUGCAAAGUCAUGCAGAUUUUCUACCCUUUUUCCAUACAGACACAUCCAAAGGAGUUCCCAGGAGAAUCCCCAGGAGACUGUCCACGCAACAUAAAGAAAGAGCAGGCCAAGGAAAUGAUGUGCAAUAAUGCUUUAUACCCUGACUUAUAUGGCCACUACAGAGAAGCAAAAUUCACUCAAACAAAGCACCACUGGUGGUGGAAAGCAAACAGGGUGUUCAAUCAGCUGGAUGUUACAAGAAAUCACACAGGGAUGGUGUUGUUCCUAGAGGAGGAUCAUUUUGUUGCUGAAGACUUUAUUCAUGUCAUGCAUCUCAUGGAAAGAACUUGUAAAGUCAGUUGUGACAGGUGCAACAUUCUUUCCCUUGGCACGUACCUGAAAACCUACAAUUAUUAUGGAGAUUCAAAGAAAAAGGAGGCUCUGAGAGCCAUGAAACGCCACCCGUCUUUCUCUGCAGGCUCAAUUCCUCCAUCCUGGGGCUUCCAGAUACUCCCUUCUCUCUAUCAGCAUUACCAGAAGGCUGAGGUGACACCAUGGGUGAGCAGUAAACAUAAUAUGGGAAUGGCAUUCAACCGCACAACUUGGAAUGACAUUCGGCGUUGUGCUGAGUUUUUCUGCAUCUACGAUGACUACAACUGGGACUGGAGUUUGCAACAUAUUUCACAGGGCUGCAUGGCACACAAGUUGUAUGCAAUGGUCAUGAAAGGGCCUCGUGUAUUUCACAUUGGAGAAUGUGGUGUCCAUCACAAGAAAGCCAACUGUGAAUCUACUGCAGUAAUUUCAAAGGUGCAACAUGUCCUGAAAUUUGCAGCAAAACAUCUGUAUCCUACACAUCUGACUCUGACAGUUACGAAUGGCAACAAGAAGCAGAAACUACGAAAGGGUAAUGGUGGCUGGGGGGAUAUUAGAGAUCACCAGCUAUGCAUCAAUAUGACAAAAAUAGGCAGGUAGUACACAUUUGUCCCAGAACUGUGGGUUAGGGACAGAAUACUUUUCAUGCUAGAACUCUCUGUAUGUGGAGAAUAAAUGUUAAUCUAUAGUUACUGGAGUGGUGUAGUGCCAUGCUCCUAAAUCUUUAUUUGAAGUCAAAUCUUCUAGCUGAAUUUCUUGGAUGUGACGUAUAAGACUUUAUGCACAUUUUAUAUUUGAUGCUUCCAGAUGUGCAUGAUCAAACAAAAGUGACAAAUAUGCUUGAAAAAAAGACUUUAAUGCAGAUUUUUCUGUCUGCAAAGCACCAUUUCUUCUAACUGGAACUGUUUUGUGUAAGGCAAUGUAACAGUGUGAUACAUUGGCAAUACAAAAUAUCUGCAUUAUUUUUUGUGAAAAUGAUUUUUUGUGGAUGUUUUCCAUGAGGUAUGCUACAUAAAGGCACAUGGUUAUAGAUUUAUGUACUGUUCUAAUUAAAAGUAUAUAAUUUUUAUUGAAACCAUGUGUAAAGACAUGAACUAAGGCUAUUCAGUGUAAAUGUAAACACAAAUGCACAUAUUUUUAAUGAUCAUGUGACAAUUUGUAUAAAAGUGCAUCUGUGUGUCAAAAAGAUGUUAGCAUUAGAUUCUAAAAAAAAAAAAGCUCUUGUCCAUUGAGUGCAAAUCAUUGACUGCUUGGUUUAUUUUUAUAUUCUAAUUAUUAUGUCACAUCCUAUAUAAAGCUUUGUAUAGAAAACAUGUUAUAUAUUCUGCCUGGUGAAAACCCAUUUCUGUGAUCCAAAACUUUUCAAAAUAUUGUAGCUGUCUUUUAUAAUUAAUAUUGGUUUUCAUUUUGGCAAGCUUAAAAUAGGUAUAUUGCUUCCAAAGUGAUGUAACCAUGCUCAAAUUAUUUUUAAGAUAUUAAUCUGUAAUAAUCAGUGAAUUUAUAUGAAACAAAGGAUAUCGUGUAAGAUUUCAGUAAGCAUCGGUAUUGAAAGAACUAAAGGUAGCUUGUGUAAAACACUGUGGUACAUUGAAAAAAAUGUACUAAUAUAUUUGUAUAAAAAUGAUUUUCUACUGUAAACUUGUAGUUUCAAUUAUCUGUAAGUAAUAAAGUGAUUCCCAUGAGUGGAGUUGGAAAUUGGAGCAGAUGCCUCAUAUGUGCAAAACUUCAUAAGGAUUCUCUGAUUAGAAUUUUCUGUGCUAAUCAUAAAAUUUAAAAUACUUUAGAGGAGAACUUUUAAAGAAGAUAUAAAUCUAGCUGCAGGCACGGAGGGUCCAAAUUAAAUCUGUUUGUUGGAAACAGAUUCAUGCUUCCUUACCAAUCAUCAUGGCAAGAUAUAUAUGUGUGUACAGCUAAAAUGGUGCUAAUUGAUGUUAGUUUGUGUAGCAAAUAUUCUUCAUCAUCUGUCUUUGUUUUAUUGUAUCUGCAAGCUAUAUAAUAGAUUAAAGUUUUUUUACAUACUGUUCUGUAUUCUGACAUUGCAAAGGAGAUAAUUAAUGAAGCACAAAGUUAAUGCACUUACUUCUGAUGAAGUAUAUUGCUGACAAUAUUUAUCAGUCUUACCAGUAACUGCUUACCAGAAUUUGUUUUAUUGCUUAUCUUUUUCCAUUCAUAACAAUUGUGUAUCUAGUCACGUAAAAUAAUGUUCAUAUGUUUCUGUUAUAUAUAUAAAAAUUUAAGUGCUCUUGUUUCGUAGAUCUGAAUAUUUAAAAGCACCUUUUUUGUUUUUUGUUGUUGUUAACAUGAAGCAGUCUGCGGAUGGAUUGAAACAAUAAAGUGGUAAAUAAUAGCAUAAAACUUUCUGGCUAAAGAAACCGUUAUAUUACAUUAUGUACAUACAUGGAAAUUUUGGUGUUCUGUGUAUGUUACACUGCUAUCCUUUUUAUAUCAGUGGAAACCAAAUAAAAUUUCUGAGCAAACUGA